AUGGACCUCAUAUUACAAGAACUGCUACCAGCUGACGAUAUCAGGAUCGAUGAACAACAUGCAUACUGUGUAAAGGCAUUAGAGAAAAUUUUACAAUCUGAUAAGAAGGAUUAUAUGAACUAUUUUUCCUCUAGAGCUGAAAGUGGGAGUAUUGUAGAAGAUAUUGCAGAGCUGGAUGCACAUAUGGCAACAUUAGAAAGACAAGUUCGUUCAUUGUUGAUUGAAAACAAGAGUUAUGUGAUAGAUACUAUAAUGAAUAAAUCUAAGGAAACAAUAACAUUAGAAGAAAUUAGUAACGAACUAGAACAAUUAUGGGAAUUGAACUCUGGUUCAGAGGCUCCAGUUGAAAAUGAAGAAGAUAAACCAAACGAAUAUGAUGGGAAAAACUCCUCUCUCUUAGAAGAUUUCUUAAUGGAAUCAUCUAAUGAUAUUAACUCUGAUAGUAAUAGUAAAACCAAAAAGAUUGAGGAUGAUGAAUUUCACAGGGCCUUGAAGACAUUAAGACAAAGAGUAAUUGAUAAAAAUGAUAAUGUCAAAUCAAAUUCUAAUACUAAUUUAACAAUGCUGUUUGAAAAUUUAACCAGCAUAACUGACCUAAUGGAAUUGCCUUCUUUAGCCCAAACAUGCAUUAAAACAGGUCAUUAUCAAGAAGCAAUCAUGUUAUAUACUCACACGAUGUCAUUGAAGAACAAAUUCCCAGAUUCAAGCAUAAUACGAGACAUUGGUGAUAGUGUUCAAAAUGCAGUAGGUACUACUAUGUUAACAGGUUUAGUGAAGUUGCUAUGUACAAACCUUACCAUGACUUCAAUUAAAAAAAUCUUACAAUACUUAAUUGCUAUCCCACCAUUUAGCGAAAAUAAUCAAACGUCGUUAUUAAUUGUAUAUUUGUCGAUGAGAUUAAAAUUCAUUCAAAAUGAAAUUGAAUCAUAUUCCUUUGAUAUUGAUAAUAAUAAUGAUUCUAUGUUAGAGAUUUCGGUAAAGAGACAGAUAGAGGUCGUUAGAGAACAUAUUUAUAUGUCACUUACUGUCUACGACAAGACCUUCGAUGUAUCCACAACAGAUGUGUAUGUACCUUUAAACAUUGCAAAUAUUAAAAACACUGAUAUAACGGAAGAAAUUAAGGAAGAAUCUACGGUAGAAACUAAAGAAGAAUCUAACGAAACCGAGGGAGAAACUAAAAUGGAAGAAGAAAAGCAAGAUAUAGAGGUAGAAACUAAUGACAAUGAAAAUAUGCAGUUACCUUCUAAUGUAAAUGCUACUGUUCAAGUUGAAAGUACGUAUUCCACCCCAGAAGAAAAGACACAGAACAAGGAGGAAGAUAAUCAAGCUGAAGAUAUUGAUUUGGAGUCUAAAAAUGAAAGCACUAUUGCAACCACAGAUGCAAACCUAAUCGAUAAUAAGAGCAAAUCAAACCCUACAAACCCAUUAAUGCUAAAAUUUGUUAGUGAUUGUAUUAAUUUCCUACUCAAGGAAUUAGUUCAUUUUUAUGAAUAUGAUAAAAAUGUUAUCAACAACUCGGUUUGCUUACAAUUAGUUUAUUGCUCCUUUAGACUCAAUGAUCUAAACGGAAACUAUCAUCGCUUAUUCUUAAAUAAGAUUGCAGAGACAAAACUUUUUACCAAUGAACAAUUGCAGCUCGCCAUCGCAAAGAGGACAGAACUUGCAUCCAAGUAUUCAUUUGCAUAG